AUGGGCCGUGAGUAUCCUUUAAGCCUAUCUGGCUUUACAGUUCUUCCAUUAGAGCUUCCACCGUUGCCUUCCCUGCCAAAGGCCGCAACCCAUUUCCUCUACCUGCAACCACAUCAGCCAAGAAUCCCAGACCCUGAUUCAUCCCGCUCGCUGUUUCUCGUGAACGUCCCCAUUACAGCUACGGAAGCUCAUUUCAAACACUUCUUCGGUACCCAGCUGUGCGCUGGUCGGGUCGAGUCAGUGAGAUUUCAAGAUGUCCAGAGCACAAGCUCAGCUCCCGUCGUCAAACCAAGCGCUCAGUUGAGCAAAGGGAAAAAGCGCAAGAGGGAAACGGUCGAAGAACUGGAGCAAGAACUCAAAUCCAUACGGUUGCCGAAAACAUGGGAUCGAGAGCUUCAAAACCCCGGCGCGCAUGCCGUUGUGGUAUUUGUCGACAAGCCGAGCAUGGAAGCGAGUUUGAAAGCUGCGAAAAAGGCCGCGAAGUCUAGAACUAAAAUAGUAUGGGGUCAAGGUAUCGAGGAUAAGUUGCCGCCUCUGGGAUCACAGAGAUACGAGAACCACAAUCGUCUCAGAUAUCCGCCGAGAGAGGAGUUGAAACGUAUAGCGAACGAAUAUAUGCUCGUUUUUGACCGUCUCGAAGAGGCCCGUGCCCGCGAAGCUACUACGGGAGCACAAGUACCGGAUGAAGACGGCUUUAUCACAGUGGUCAAGGGACCGAAGCACAAUCCCGAUAGGGAGGAUGAAUUGAAGGCUCUGGCUGAGAAACAGAAAGAGAAGAAUAAAGGUCUAGAAGACUUCUAUCGGUUCCAGACGCGAGAGAUACGGAAGGAGAAGCAGAACGAACUGCUAAAGGGAUUUGAGGAAGAUAAAAAGAAGGUUGAAGAAAUGAAGAAGAGGAGAGGAAAGAUCAGAGUAAGUUCCAUUUCUCUUUCGUGCUAG